UAGUAGCUAUCAAUAGAAUCGCUUGGAGUAUUUGUCUAUUAAUCUAGAAGGGAAUCGUAUAUUUAUAUGGCAUGGAGUCAAAAAAAAUGUUGAGACAUCGUGCUAAUGCAAUAAACAGUGAUCGGAAAGCAAUUGAUCCGCUAUUGCGGCAUUCACAAAUUAUUGAAGAUAUUGAUGAUGAGACAAAAGUAUUUGGAUAUUACAUAAGAAAGCAGACCACUGGUAUAAAAACUUACUUUAUCUCUCGUGAUAAAAUUAAAUCCUAUUGGGCUCCGGUAUUUUUAAGUUUUUGGAUCUUGCUAUAUUAUGGUAUUGCGAUACCAGCUUUUCAUCAAUUGCCAAAUUCCCUAAGCUAUCAGGAUGAAAUUCUUCACAAAGAUCGUUUCAUAGCUGAACGUGCUGAAGUUCAUUUACAUAAGAUUACCGAAAUCGGUCCCCGCGUAGUUGGAAGUGUUGAAAACGAAGUUAUGACUAUCGCUUACCUAAAAGAGCAGUUUAGAAAAUUGAAAGAUGAAGCCAAAUCUUUUUAUAAAAUUGAAUAUGACCUACAGGUGGCCUCUGGCAGUUAUAUCCAUUGGAAAAUGAUUAAUUCAUAUCAAGGUGUACAGAAUUUCAUAAUCAAAAUUGGACCCAAAAACACAAAUAGUACCUCUUACUUGCUAGUAAAUAGCCAUUUUGAUUCUGUACCCAGGGGUCCUGGAGCUGGAGAUGACGGGGUUAUGGUCUCCGUCAUGCUUGAAGUACUUCGUGUUUUGUCACAAUCGCCGCAUCAUCUUAAUAAUCCGGUUAUUUUUCUUUUUAAUGGAGCCGAGGAGAACCCUUUACAGGGAUCACACGCAUUCGUUACUCGACACAAAUGGGCCAGACAUGCAAGAGCUUUAAUUAAUUUGGACUCAGCUGGUAGUGGAGGCCGUGAAAUUCUUUUCCAAUCAGGACCUAAUCAUCCCUGGUUAAUGAAGUUAUACAAAGCCUCGGUACCGCAUCCAUUCGCCUCCACAGUAGCCGAAGAAAUGUUCGAACGACAUUUUAUACCUUCGGACACGGACUUUCGAAUAUUUCGUGAUUAUGGAAAAAUACCUGGUCUUGAUAUGGCCCACCAGUAUAACGGUUAUGUCUACCACACUCGAUACGAUCGUCCAAAAAUUAUUACUCGAAACACUUUACAAAAUACUGGUGAUAAUGUUUUGGCUUUAGUGCGUGCCAUUGCAAAUUCAACUGAAUUAGAAGACACCGAGAAAUUUGCUGCAGGUCAUGUUGUCUUCUACGAUAUAAUGGGAUUGUUUUUGGUGUUCUAUGACGAGUCAAUGGGCAUUUUAUUAAAUAUUGCGGUGUCGUUAGCAGCUGUGGCCGCCUGUAUUUGUUCGACUAAAGUGAUAGCCAGUCAAGUUGAUUUGACUGUAAGCGAACUCAUUAAACAUAUCACAUUGACUUCUGGCGCUCAAUUAUUGGCAGUAAUAGUGGCUUCAGUGUUAUGUUUGCUCAUGGCUCUUGUACUGGAUGGGAUAAAUGUGUCUAUGUCUUGGUUUACGUUUUCUUGGUUAAUUUUGGGAUUGUACUUUUGCCCAUCACUUUUUGGAAUGUUUAUAAUACCGGCCAUGUAUUUUCGUUUUACUCGCGAUGUACGUUUGCCUAUUGCAUGCAGAGUUAAAAUGCUUCUAAACUGUCAUUGCAUCUUGUUGGUUUUAAUUACAUUGACUUUAACAAUUUGCCAUAUAAGAUCAGCAUUCGUGCCAAUGCUAUCGGUUUUAUUUUACACUAUAAGUUUAAUUAUUAACUUGUGCACAGGAUUUUACAAAACAUCUGUGGUCUGGAUGAUACCUCAUACCCUUGUAGGAAUUCCACCAUUUCUCUUCUUCGCCUAUCUAUCCCAUGGCUUCUUUUCUACUUUCAUUCCGAUGACAGGGCGAUUUGGUGAUGGCGUUAAUCCUGACUUAAUAAUAGCUGCUUUCACGAUUGUUACAAGCAUUCUAAUUGCAGGAUUUACGAUACCUGUUUUCAAUUUGUUUAAAAAUCCCACAGCUAUUGCCGGCGUAUUUUUCUUUAUCAAUCUGUUGUGCAUAAUUUUUGCUGUUACUCCCUUCGCUUUUCCGUAUACACCGGAAACAAAUGUUCAUAGAGCAGCGAUACUGAAUGUUCGUAGAACGUUUCGUAAUGAGCAAAAUGAUAUCCGCAGAACCGAGACAGGCUAUUUCAUGCUACCACAGGACAGACGAGCUCGUUCAAUUAUACAAAAAUUUGGUUAUACAGAGUUGGCUCAAUCCGUAAAAACUGAUUGUGAUACCGAAAUGUUGUGUGGUUUACCUCUCUACAACCAUCGUUGGCACAAAGCAAGAAAUUCCGGUAUCUGGUUGCCAGGACCUGAUCCCCAUUUUAAUCAAAUGCCAGUUCUUAAAAUGUCAACGAAAAAUCAAUUAAGUAAAACGAAAGUGCGGUUUAAUAUGACACUAACAGGUCCUGACCAUAUGGGAAUUUUCCUUCGACCUAUCAAUGGUGGUAAUAUAAGUAAUUGGUCUUUUCAUGAAACGCCUUUGCGCAUGAAUUGGCCAUCUCCUUAUUUUAUAUACUUUUCAUAUGGUAUAGUCACAAGUCCUUUAGAAUUUUAUUUGGAUGUCGAGAAUAACUUAGGCAAUUGGAGUAGAUCUGCUUUCGAGAUUGGUAUUGCAGCCCACUGGAUCCAUGACGAUGACUUUCAAACGGAAGACUUUAAGCAAUUUCUAGCUUCUUUACCUAAGUAUGUAGAUGCGAUCGCUUGGCCGGCGUCCUAUGAUACUUGGUAUUUUUAAUAGCUAUGCUUCAAAAUUUACCGAUAUUUUCAAUAU